CAAGAUAACGCGCGGAUUCAUACCUCAAAGUUGUCGACUAGGUGGUUCCAAGACCAUCAGAUUGCUUGCAUCGAUUGGCCACCUCAUAGCCCAGACCUGAAUCCAAUUGAGCACAUUUGGAGGCAGAUGAAAGAUUAUUUAUACCGAAAAUACCCGGAUUUUGGUAGUCUAAAGGAUAACCAGGUCGAUAGGAUCAAGAUGAUGCGCGCAAUAAUAGAGGCCUGGGAUUCCAUCGGCCAAGACAAGGUAAACGCGCUAAUUGAGAGUUUACCGCGUCGUCUGCAGGCUGUACUUGAGGCAAAGGGCUGGUAUACUAAAUAUUAGCCUGUUCUUUCCAUCUAUGAAGUUUUUAGAGCGGUUAGCCUUUGUAAUAGUAAUGUAUCGAUUGAUUUAUAUUGGUGAUGCAUCUUGUGGUGGAGUGACCCCUCACAGUAUCUACUCACGCCACGCGCCCAACAUAUCCCCUUAUAUAUUGGGCGCUAGACACCCCAAUCAAUACCACCCCAACCAACAUAGAAAUGAUCUCCAACGCGACGUUUCGCGUUAUUUCGCCUCCCGUUGUGGUUUCCAUACAAAUUUGAUAGUAAAUUAAAAGAUGCACCAAUUCUGAAGGAAUUAGUCUUUUUCCUGAUAUUCUACCGAUAUUGUUUCGUUGUGUUCUACUCUGCUCAAGUUCGUCAGUCAAGACCAUCAAUUUGUAUC